AUGCCUUCAUACGACAGUGAUUCCGACGUCGAUGACGCCAAGUCAUUCACAGAAACCAGUGUUCUUCUCGGCUACGCAUCCAAAGACGCAGGCGAAGACUCUAUCAGUCGCUUGGGGGGCUCACCAGAAUGGCUCAACCCGAAUGCAGCGCCUUCUGCCAGCCUUGCAAGAUGUAAGGUGUGCAACGAGAUGAUGGUUCUUCUUCUCCAACUGAACGGCGAGCUCCCCGAGAAGUUCCCUGGCCACGACCGUCGCCUCUACGUUUUCUCCUGCCGGAAGCAGGCCUGCCGUCGCAAGCAAGGCAGUAUUCGCGCUAUCCGAGGUACAAAAAUAUCAAAAGAGGCUGCUGCCUCUGCCGCACUUGCGAAAGAAGCGAAAGAAGCCGAGGACGCUAGGAAGAAGGCCGAGGCCAGCAAACCAAAGAAUGACGACCCUGGGUUGGGAGAAGCCCUCUUCGGUGCCAAGCCAGGCGCAUCGGGCGCUAACCCCUUCGCUUCAUCCGCGAAUCCCUUUAGCAGCAACAGCGCGAGCGCGAGCGCCAGUGCCAACCCUUUCAGCUCCGGAGCAUCGAACCCCUUUGCCUCUACGCCAGCGGCGCCGAAGCCCGAUGCGCCCAAGGCCGAACCUCCCAAGGCUGAGGAGGUGACGCCCAAGGAACUCUCCAAAACCUUUGCCGAAACCCUGUCCCUCAACAACACACAAAAGCCUGUCGGGCCUCCCCCUGCCCCUGAACCCUGGCCACAGGCUGCCAGGCUGCCGAAACCUUACCCUGUUUCUUAUCUUGCUGAAGCAGACUAUGAGAUUCUGGAGCCCGAGGCACCGGCUGUGCCGCAGAAUGUGAGCAUGGAUGUUGACGAUGCCACUGCUGAUUCAGGCCCUGGAUCAGGUAUGGAUAAGGAGGUCUUUGAGUCUUCUAUGGACGCCAUUUUCCAAAAGUUCGCGGAUCGCCUGGCGCAGAACCCGGACCAGUCGAUCAGAUAUGAAUUUGGGGGUCAGCCACUCAUCUACUCCAAGAAGGAUGCUGUUGGUAAAGUCCUCACCGCAGCUGCAGCCGUGGGUCGAAGCGGCAUGCCCGGAUGCGGUAACUGCGGUGCCGGGAGGGUGUUUGAGGUGCAGUUGACGCCACAGGCCAUCACUGAGCUCGAAUCAGAAGAGCUUGGACUGGAAGGUAUGGACUGGGGCACGAUCAUCGUUGGCGUGUGCGAGGCAGACUGCCAGGAGAGGACCGUUGGGGAGGGCGAGGCCGGAUACCUGGAGGAAUGGUGUGGUGUGCAAUGGGAGGAACUUCAGCAGUAA